CCGAUCUCAGUUCUUACAGUAAGCCUUUGCGUGACACCUACUCGGCUGGGGCACUGGAAAGCAUACUUCCCAGACCUGAGUAAUGGCGGACUGACCACCAUGUCUCAGGUGCCUUCGAAGUCACGGAGUGACGGAAGCGAAUUAGAAAACCAGGUUAUUUUACGUGUUCCUCAGGUAAAAUUAGUCGGUGAAUAUAGUUUAACCUCAUAGCCAUGAUAAAGACACGUUAAAUCUUACCUUGUCAAAAAUUGGGCAGGCCACCACGAAAUUAAUUUACUGAGCUUCCAAUAUGGACCUAAGUGGGGUCAACUAGAUGUAUAGGGAGGGUCCUCCAGAAAGGUGUUUGCACAGGGAAAAAGCAUCUUUAUUACUCGUAUUUACCAUUAAUCCUAACGAAUAAGUAACCAGAAUUUGUAGUUAUUGAAUUAUUUGUGGAGUUUGCCUUUCUUUUGUCAAAUUUUAAUGGACUCCUUGAUUAGCCUUAGGUUGAACCCUAGACUUCACUAUGCAUGCAGUUCUUUGCUAGAGAAAACAACGACUCAUCUUGGGACCAAGGCUUUGUUUUUAAAGGGUUUGGGAUUAUACAAAAUUCUUUCCAGCUCCUCUCUCUAAUUAGAAACUUUAACCAUGUAAUGAGAUAGGCCAAACAUUUUUUGUUUAAUCACUAGGCAUAUGCCUCUCCUCUGCGUCUUGCAAUCCAAAACGGUACACUGAAGGAUAGACUUUCAAUUGAACUUCAAGGUCAGUUUACAGUAAAUUAUGUGACUGUUGUUGUAAGUUGUAUUUACAAGUGACUGUUAGUUGCUUAGGAUAUUACUUAAUAAAAUUGAAGCAAUUAACACAAUUUACUGCUACUCAGUAAAUCACAGUAUUAAGACUUCUUUUACAUAUUUGAAAAUUGAUCUUUUUUUAACCCUUUAGCUCCUAAGAUCUGAUUUGUUAAUCCUCUCCUUUAGUCGCUACAUAUUUCCUUGUAAAUAAGUGACAAAAAUUUGGUGUCAGAUCAAAAUAACAACUUCCACCUGAUAGGUUUGAUUAUUCUCAUUACCUGUUUGCUGAAUGAUGUAUGGAUAUAGUAGGGAGAAGUUACACAUCAAUCACUUCUUGGAGUUGAAGGGUUGUGAUGAUUUAUUGAUUGAUGAAUUGAAAACACAAAAAUGAUACUCCUUGAUUUUGAUUGACAAGUUAAAAUUUUAUCAAUUUAUGUUCUAUUUAUUCUUGUUAUUUAUCAAUUCACUGUCCUUAACUAGUGCUGGAAUAUCAAUAGAAAUCAAUGUAAUAUACAGUUUGUUUUCAUUUAAAUAUAUUCAAAGCAUUUAUGAUUUCCUAGAUGAAUUAUAUGGAUAGAGACGGCUCUGUCCAGUGUUUUUAAUAACUAACUAUAUUUGAGAGAGCCAUGUUUGUUAUGUUUCAAGUCAGUGAAUGUCAUAAGUUCAGUCUAAUGAGGCAUUGCUUAUUUUUGAUAUUUCUACAGCUGACUUCAGGCAUGCAACAGUGAGAUUUGAUGGGGCAGCCCUAUCAGCUAAAGUAAGAUUAUACCUUCUAAUUUUAUCUGAUUAUUGCUUAAGUUUUUAUCUAUUUUUGUUUUGUUUGUUGAAGAUGCUGCAAAAAUGAGUAAAUGUCCAGAUGUAUAUACCAAAGCUUUCAGAAAUCCCCAAACUUUCCAAAUCUGAUAUGUUUUGGGACAAAAAUUUCAUUUUACUGGUAAUGAUAUGGCAGUAAGUUGGGGUCUGAUUAGUCUCUAGAAGAGUGUUUUAUAAAAAAAAAACAUGACUUUGACUUUUUGUAUGAUCAAAACUUGGAGAAUAACUUUGUAUUGCCCUGAUAGUAGUAGCCUUUUACUGCAUCUGAAAAUUGUUAAUGUUCUCACAUGCCUCUUUUGUUUGAUAGUUAGUAGAUCUGCCAUGUGUGAUAGAAUCCCACAAGACAGUGGACAAUAGGAGCUUUUACAAGACAGCAGAUAUCUGUCAGGUACUAAGGUUGCAAUUUAUAAAAAUCUCUGUUGUUCAUCAAGAUAGUGAAAAAGAAAAGAUGGUCACUUGACCUAAACUGUGUGGGUAUGUCUGGAUAUAGUCAGGUUUCAACUACUCUGAAUUUCACCAACCUGGAGUUUGUAAGCUCUGACCACCUCCUGUUAAGAUCUUGUGUCAGAUGUGUGGAAACCUGAUGCUUUUACAUACGUGCUACCCUUUUUUAAAAUGAUUGUGAGAUGAAUUUUAAAAUGCUGACGUCUCAAAAUAGGGCCAUCUGCCAUUCAGAAUUAUCACUUCCCAGUUGAUAACUGAUCAGCCAAGUUAUAUUUCAUUUGUGUGUAGAACUGUAAGUGGUAACUUUUGGUUAUAUGAAUUUUAAUCUCUGAAUACUUUUUGAGUGUUACAGAGUACAUAAGUUCUCUAGAUACCUGUAAUUACAUAUGCACUAAUAUACAUCCAUUAUAUAAGGCACUUUUCUUGUUAUUUGCUUUUUAGAUGUUAGUUUGCUGUGAGGAUGAUAACCAAACAGAUGAUGAAGAUAUUUCUCCUAAGAAGGAGUCCAAGAGAUUUAUUUGGAAUCAUGGAAGUAUGUUCAUUUAUGAUUAUUUAUUGAUGAGUGAGUUGCCUGAGCUUUCAUGUGGAAGGACUCAUAAAAGAACUGUUGUGGUAGAUUGAAUGACUGAUGUUUGAAUAACUUGAGUAACUUCAGUAAUAUCUCUGAUGCUUUGCUGAAAUUUAUAAACGCACUAACUUUGGUGAAUCUUUUAAUCCUUCAAGUUACUGGUCCACUGAAGAAUGUACGCAAACGACGAUUUCGAAAAACUGCUAAGAAAAAGGUCUGUCCUUGUGGUAGUAAGACACAUUAAAAUUGAUAAUGGACUAGUAAAUAAUUAAUAUAGUAUGAACUACCCAUUUCAAUAAUCUCAGCUUAUUGUUUUGUCGAGUGCAAUAAAGCAUGCAUCACCAUAUCAUGCAAACAUGGGUAUGAAGGGGCUGAUGGGAGGCUGAUGAGAGGUAAAAGGUGUGGAAUAGUUUUUUAACAGUUUUUAGCAUGCUCAUUGCUGUGUUUCCUACUGCUUGGUUUCACAGAAAAUAUCAGCGUAUGACGAUAUGUGAUACUCAGUAAUACUAGAUUCUGUGUACAACAUAUGAGCUUAAGGCCUCUAUAAAAUAAUUAUUUUGAAAACUGCCUAGCACUUUAAAUUUGUGACUCUUUCCCUGCAAUGUUAAAUUAAUUAUUUUUUUGUAACAUGUAGGGGUUAUACAUUAAGCUUUAAACCAAUGAAUUUUGUUUUCAAUAGAUUGUGGAGUCACCAGAAGUUGAAAAGGAGGUCAAGCGUUUGUUGAGGACUGAUUUGAGUGCCUCUCAUGUGAAUAUCCUUUCCAUCAAAUUAACUUAUCCUGUGGAUUUACUUUAAAUUACCAAGCAGAUUUAAGACUAUGAUAUUCAUGAACAGUCUCCAAGAGGAAAAGAAGAUCAAAUUUUAUGUCUGCCAGAGAUUUAUCCACCCAGUAGUUUCCCAAUAUGUGAAUCCCUAGGCAUGGGUGUUUCAAGGACUCUGUAGCUACUUUGUUAGCCAACACAGUUCCCCAUGUCUUGUGCCUUAUGAUUUUUGUGGGGGGCUUGGAAAAGUUUCUCACAAGUAUUCAAGGUUAUCUAAUGCGGUCAUCUAUAAAUACAACAGUUACUGGUGGUAUGGUAACAAAGAAGGCUUUUCUCUAUUUUCUUUGCACUUGUAGAAUAUUGUUUCUUGACUUUCUGUAUGUUUUGAGGUCUUACAAGAUGAAGAGAAACAAGAUGAAAGGUAAGUGCUACAUUAUCACAUGCAUGAACACAUGUUUUGCAUAAAUAUAAUUGUUAAAUUAUGAAAUAUUUCAGAUGUUGUAACCCCUCCACUCCAUGGAGUGAGCAGAAGGAAACUGCUUUCUUAAGUGUGUGAUAUAACAGAGCAAUUUAGCCAUAAUCAAAUUUGUUAGUUUAGUGUGCUGUAAGUACCAUAUCUUUUUCAGGGAGGUAUUUUUCUUGCUGGUACUAAAGUUUAAUGUUGAUUGAAUUGUAUUGGUGUAGUCUUGUAUCAGAUGCUGAAUUACUGAACACCUCAAUGCCUUCACCUCUAUCUUUAACACAAACUGAGGAGCAAGAUGGAGGUAGUGAAGAUGAGGACAGGAAUGAACUGUUUGCCAUUCUCCAAGAAGCAAGUAGUGAUGAAGAGCCAGAAGGUGAUGAGGAUGCUGCUGAUACACAGGAAGAUGAUGCAGAUGAUUUAAAUGUUAAUGUAGACAUUGAAGAUGAUACAAAUGAAUUAAAUGGUAAGUCUACUUUUGCCAAACAGCAAAAUCAAAUCAAUCAACAAAAUGGAAACUAUGUCGUGGUUUCCUUGUGAGGCUGUUCAUUUGAGAAACAAGUAGUUAAUUUACAUAUUAACUAUAUAUCUAUAGUUAAUUUUAAGUGGAUUUCUAUGGCCACUUUGUGGAAGGAUCUUUAAUUUGUAACUUCCUGGUUAUAUUUGUCUCUCUGAUAUACCAGUAUUCCCAGUUUUAAUGUUAUACUUGGCCCACUUCCUUGUUUUUACUCUUUGGUUGCAACAUUAGACAUCACUGUUGUUCAGAUGGUAAAUCCCAGUGAUAACUGUUAAAAACUUGUUUAUAAAGCAGGAAGGUGGUUUGAAAGUUGCCCUUGAACCAUGUACUUUGAAGCUUGUUUUUUCUUUUUAUCUAAUUUGCAGUAGGUAAAGACAAUUCUAAGUCUGAGAUACAUUCUGCAAGAGAGAAGCUUAAUGAGAUCAGGGCAACUAUAACAGAGCAGGAAACCAGGGUGAAAGAAGCCUCUAACUUAUUUCUCAAGGUACCAUGUCAGGACUCUGUUCUUGGCAGUCUUUGUCAUAUAAUGUCAUAUAAUUAGGAACCUUGUAGUGAAGAUUUAAUUUUUCAUUUAGUUUCCUGUAUCUCAGUGUAAUGGGUAAACCCUUCAUUUAUGAAAAAAAGGCUUUUUUUCGGACCCGAAACUCAUUGACCAGUAUCUUGAUGAGCUCAAAUAGGCUUAAUUUGGCUGGCCCAGCUAACUAGGGUUGAGAUGGAAUGAACCAGAAUGAAGAAUGCAAAGAAAUGUAAUUGUAAAAUGGGUAGAUCCUUCCACUUCAUUGUGUGGAUUUUCCAUUCUCAUUUAUAUUUGCUUGUGAACUUUUGCAACAGUAACUGGCCAAUUGGAUGGAUAAUCACAGCCAAAAAAAGAUGUAGAAAGAGGAAUAAAGGUUAAAAACACAGAGAAGUCAAAAGAGGGAUGAGAAAAACAUCAAAGAGGGGAUGGGUGUAGUAAAUGGAUCGAAUUAGUUUGUUCAUUCCAUGAAGGUUCAUAUGAUCUUAAUUUUUUCUUUGUAUAGCUACGAUUUGAGAAAGUUCUUGAAGAACUUAAGUCAAAGGAAAAGGAUCAAGAGCAGGAGGUAAUGACUACUCUCUUUUUUCAUUGUUGUUAG